AUGGCAGCGAAGGAUAUCACACGUGACUUUGUAGGCAUUACGGUGCUCUUUGAGACAGGUCAAUACGCACGACCACAGACCCAUCGACCACUAUCUCGUGAUGCACGUUUAGCUCAGCAAAUUUCGGAUCAAUUGCGACAGCAGGAGAUGUGUCUACGUGAGUUACAGGAACUUGUCAGCAAGAAAUCCAUCAUUGGCGAUGAUCCGAGUGCACAGAUUGCGACAUUGACGGAUGUGCUCAAGAAAGAAUUGGGACUUGUGGAACGCAAUAUUCAAAUGUUUCAACAGACGGUCAAUGCACAAAAAGGUCGUCAUCAGCAGCAUCAUCAGGCGCAUUUUAUAAUUGUGUGUCAGUCACUCAAGUCGCGUUGUGCCAAGAGUGUCAAAGCGUUUCAUCAAGCACUUCAGCAACAUACUGUAGCUAUUCGGGAACGUAGCUCAAGACGUAGCAAGUUUUCGCAUGGAGGUGGCAACCCUAUGGUGCAUAUCAACGCUCCACUUUUCUCACAAACAGGUUCUUCAGGAGUAUCUGGACAUCAGGUAAUGCCUACGAGCAAUGGUGACUCCUUGCAACCGCUACGGAAUCAACCGCCUCGGCAAUCUGCUACUGGAAGUGGAUUUCCAGCACCGCCUGUGCCCACACUGACAAAAACUGGUGCAGCUCCGGCGUUGAGUCCACCAGGUCCAGGACCAAGUCUUCGUCGCCGUGCUAACCUCGGAGCGAGUCCAUUUAUGCAGCAGCGCAUAACCCAACCGGGAAAUGCUGCUGGAAUGCAACAACAGCAGUAUCGUCCUCGCGAAGACGCUCAAAUGAGGUACAAUAAUGCAGCACAGGUGGAGAGCACCAUUGUGGAGAUCACAGGCAUGUACACUCGAAUGGCGACCAUGGUUGCUGAGCAAGGAGAGAUCAUUUCACGUAUUGAUGACGACAUGAACGUAGCGCAAGUUAACGUGGAAGCAGCACAUGGUGAACUGCUAAAGCUGUUCAACAUGGUUCAGGGCAACCGGUCUCUGAUCCUAAAGAUCUUUUUGGUGCUAAUCCUUGUCAUUUUCCUCUUUGUCGUCGUAUUUUAG